AUGCCGUCCGGAGUCAUUGCACCGCGCAAUGGACUGAACGAAGGGGCCCCGGAAGCGAACCCCCAACCCGGCAGAGGACGAGGCAGCCGCCAUCGAGAGUUGCGCAAUCGAAUCAACGGACCAAAGUUUCCCGUAAGAUACGAGCCAUACCCCAGUGCGCGGAGCCGCCGGGCGGCACGCAACUUACGCCCUCCGGAAUGGGGAAACGUUCCCCUGCCCUCUUACCGGAAAAAUUUCUACCAUGAACAUACCACGACUGCGCAGAGGUCGUCCGAAGAAGUCGAGGCCUACCGCAACGCGAACGACAUCACGGUCGCGGGACGCGACGCCCCAAAGCCCAUCCAGCACGUCGAGGAAGCCGGCCUGUCGGAAUCCUUAACGAAUACGAUCAAGAAACUAAACUCUGGCUCGGCGCCGACGGCACUACAGGCUCAGUGCUGGCCCGUAGCACUCAGCGGCAGAGACCUCGUGGCCGUUGAUUGCACAGCCUCGAAAUGGAAGCCACUGGCCUACCUCCUACCAGCCAUCGUGCAUGCACGGCACCAGCUGUCUGUACUCGACUAUGGCGGACCUAAGGUUUUAGUGCUAAUACUGACGCGGGAAGUGGCCCGGCAGGUCCAAACCGCUGUGCAGGAGCUUAGCAAGGAGUCCGGGAUUCGUACUUUGUACAUCCUGUCUGGUGAUCCUAAGCCGCCGCAGCUAAAGCAGCUGAAGGAAGGUGCUGAUAUUUUCAUCGCGACUCCAGGCCGCCUCACAGUCUUCAUGGAGGAAGGAAAGGUGAAUCUAGGUCGCUGCACGUUCUUGGCUAUAGAUGAAGCGGACCGCAUGCGGGACAUGGGCUUCGGCAAGAAUCUUCGGGCCAUCGCGGACAACAUACGCCCGGACCGACAGACGCUCGUGAGGCUGACAAACGCAACGAAGGAGUCGCGGGAGCUAGCUCAGGAAUUCACGAAUGAUCCCAUCAACGUCAGCGUCGGCACAGUCACACAGGAGAAGCAGAAUCGACGUGUAGAACACGUAGUCUUCAUUUGCGAGAAGGCCAAGAAGGAGGACAGGCUCGUCGCCCUUUUAAAGGACAUCCUCAGAGACGAGAGUGACCGGGCCGUCGUAUUUGUGGAGAGGCAGCAAACGGUAGAACACCUCGCCUCGAGCUUGUGCAGUCACGGCUGGCCGGCCGUCGGUAUUCACGCGAAGAAGACUGAGCAAGAACACCAAGAGGCGUUGGACGCCCUGCGGUCCGGAACGGCGUCUGUGCUGGUAGCGACCGACGUGGCAACGACUGCUGUGGACCUGGAGAACGUCCGCUUUGUGGUCAGCUACGACCACCCGAUACACUCAAGCGACUUACCGCGCCGAUUUAGCCACGUUGCCCGGUUCGACGGGGCGGGCAGGAUGUACACGUUCCUAGCACCCGACGACCACGUGCGUGCCAGGGAGCUGAUGCGGUUCUUCCGAGAAAACAGACAGCCACUUCCACCAGGCUUACGUAAAGUCGCAAACAAGGCGGCGCGAAAAUAG